CUUUUUCCCACACUCCUCCACUGCAACUGUUGUUCUUUUUUUGUGUUUCUGCAAACCAAACCAAAAUUACUUAUAAGAAAAUUCCACCGUUAACUUUUUUUUAUCAUUAGCUCCAUUUUUCCACCAUUUUUAAUCUCUCUUGAACCUCUUCCCCUUCAAAAAUUCAGCUAAUUUUUCAUGUAUUUAAAGAUCCCUUUUAAGCAGCAGAAGGAAGCUAAUCAAUGUCAAAAACAAUAGAAAUUCCACCUGGGUUUACAAAAACUUUGUGCAAAAGAAUGAGUAUUGAUGAUAGUUACAUGCAAGAUGAUAAGAGGAAAGUUGGGUCUGUUAAUGAACUUUCUGGUAAAAGGUGCAGUUUAAGAGAAAGAGUUGCCCCAAAUCUCUAUAUUCCUGUCCAGUUCCAGCCCCGUCCACGUACACCGGGUCGCCCUCGGAAACAGAGGUCAGAUGUGACAGCUUCACAACCUUCACGACGCAGACCUGGUCGCCCUCCAAAACAGAAUUCAGAUGAAAUGCCAGCCUCACAACCUUCACGGCAUCGCUCAGGUCGCCCUCGGAGAAAGAUAUCAGAUGUUACAGAAGCUCCAGCAGUUUCACCUCCUACACCACCAUCGGGGUCGUCCAGAGAAGUUCCAGUACAAGUUUGUGCGACUACAAAUGCUCCGGAGCCAGUCACCCCACCUCCCGGGCCACCAUUGGGAUCAACCAGUCAUAGUCCUUUGGAAGUUCCCUUUAAUAGUGAGGAUGAGCAAAUAGAAACAAAGUUAAAGAUAAAUCCUUUAUUAAGACUGAAGAAACCCCCAAGGACAAAUCGUACGCCCGAGAUGCUUGACGAAGAAUUGAAGAAAGUAAUUCUUAAAGUUCAGUAUAUAUUGGUGCAGAAGCUGCUUACUUCUGGGAACGAUGACGUUGACUGCAUGGUUCAUCAGGCCAAUACUACCUUUUCAUAUUUGAAAGGAUUUGGUGUUGAUUAUGGCUCUUUUUACAAAGACGUCACAGAGUACAUUGAACAUCGCUACAAUUUACGUGAUGCAGAGAGAGAAGAAACCUCGUUGUCCUUCUCGGUGUGGGGAGGAAGUUAUUUAAAUGCUAUGCGUACUGCAAAUGAUGUUGAUGAGGUUAUCGUUCGUACUCAUGGAGAACAUGAGAAGGUCAAAGAGAAAAUUGGAUCUUUGAAGAGGCACAUUGAAGUUCUGAAGCAAGAGCUAGAACGUAUGGAACACGAAGAUGAACGUCUGAGACGUGAUAUGAUAAAAUAUAAAGUAGCACAAGAAGUUGCAGAAGCCAAGAGACAAGAACUUGGCACACAGUUGGAGGUAGCACAAGCAAAGCUAAGGGAAAUUAAGCAACGCAAGAAUGCAGCUCUCGCAGGUAUUGAAUCCACCACUCACCGCCUAGAGUCUACAUAUCGUUGAUGAUCUCAGUUAGUUGGAUUUUGUAUCCUCUUAUUGAACUAGCUCACCUACUAGAUAAACUGAAAGUCCUCAUGACUAUUUUGACAUGUUUUGGGACAGGUUGUUUCUUCGUUUAGUUAUCGGUAUGUAGUAGAUUCUCCUUGAAGCUUCUUGUCAUGCUUUCAGCCUUAGAACUUGUGGCUUCAGAGUGCUUUUUUAUCUACAGUUUCAUGGAUGGCAUUGAUUCCACUGAGGAGUGGCAAAAUCAGUCCAUAAAAUCAUGAUCCGGCCAACUCAUUUAAGUUUGAACAGGUUAAUAACACGCUUAUUUUGUGCGUGUUCUCAAGGUUUGAAGAGUAUGGAGGUUGGAAAAUUAUAU